AUGGAGGGCGGCCACCUCAUCGUCGUAUCCAACCGUCUCCCUAUCACUAUCACCAAGGAUGCUGCAGGCGAGUAUCACUUCAAAAUGUCCUCUGGUGGUCUCGUUUCUGCACUUUCUGGCUUCAAAAAGUCGCUCAACUUCACCUGGAUUGGUUGGCCAGGAUUCUUCAUUCCCGUUCGCGACCGUGCCCACGUCGACAAGCGCCUGAUGGAAGAGUACUCUUGCCAGGCCGUAUACCUCGACGAUGACGUUGCGGACCGUCAUUACAACGGCUUUUCCAACUCCAUUCUAUGGCCUUUGUUCCAUUACCACCCCGGCGAGAUGAACUUUGACGAGGAGAACUGGUUGGCGUACAGGCAGGCAAAUCUGCAGUUUGCAGAGGCUGUCAAGAUGCAACUCACUCCGGGAUCGAUGGUGUGGGUGCAAGACUACCAUCUCAUGCUCCUUCCCAUGCUCCUACGUGGUCUGAUUAACGGCGCGCAGACAGAAAGCCAUUAUACCCAGAAGGAGCUGUCUAAGAUUGCUGAGGGCAUUGAAGGCGAGGAUGUUACGGUGACCAAAGCAGAAACCGUUCCAGGAAUCAAAAUCGGUUUCUUUUUACAUACGCCGUUCCCAAGCAGCGAGAUAUACAGGCAAGUUUCGUUCUCUCAUCUGAUGCGCUCGCUUAUAGUUUUUAGAAUUCUCCCGGUCCGACGCGAAAUCCUUCUCGGAAUUCUUUACUGCGACCUCAUCGGCUUCCAUACAUACGACUAUGCCCGGCACUUUCUCUCCUCAUGCACCCGUAUCCUUGGUCUUCCCACUAUGCCUAAUGGAGUCGAGUUCGAAGGCCGACUAGCCCAUGUCGGCACAUUUCCCAUCGGCAUCGAGCCCGCGUCUUUCAUAGAUAACCUCAAGAAAGAAUCUGUCAAAUCCCGAAUUGGUCAACUAGAACAGCGGUUUGGCGGUGUCAAGGUUAUUGUGGGCGUCGAUCGGCUUGACUAUAUCAAAGGCGUACCGCAAAAGCUCCAUGGCUUAGAGUUGUUUCUGACACAGCAUCCAGAGUGGAUUGGCAAAGUGGUUCUCGUUCAGCUAGCGGUCCCAUCGAGGCAGGACGUGGAGGAGUAUCAGAAUCUACGAUCGACGGUUAACGAACUCGUUGGAAGGAUCAAUGGCCGCUUUGGGACUGUCGAGUUCAUGCCCAUUCAUUUCAUGCACAAGAGUUUGCCGUUCGACGAGCUAUGCGCGCUGUAUGCGGUCAGUGACGUGUGCCUGGUAUCCAGUACAAGGGACGGGAUGAAUCUGGUAUCAUAUGAGUACAUCGCCUGUCAGCAAGCAAGACAAGGAGUCAUGAUCCUUUCGGAGUUCGCUGGUGCUGCGCAGAGUCUGAACGGGUCAAUUGUUAUCAAUCCGUGGGAUUCGCAGCAGGUCGCUGACGCGAUUCAUGAGGCUGUUACCAUGGAUGCGGGUGUCCGGGCGGAAAACCAUCGCAAGCUGUUCAAGUAUGUGAACAAGUACAGUGCAUCGUUUUGGGGGAGUAGUUUUAUCAAGGAGAUGAGCAAGAUUAAGCUCGAAGACGAUGUUGAGACGGUUCAGAAGAUUGAGGAUGGGGUCAUAAAGGAUGGAUUAGUUACGCCGAACGGGAACGGAGCCUGA